AUGACUCACGGCGGUCAUCGCCACGGUUCGUCGGGGAGUAUCAGAACUAAUGGGAAGACGUCAGUGAGCUCACCUAGGAAGAGAAGUUCUACUGGGGGGUCAUGCGAUGAUCUCGCGCGAAAAGUUGCUGGAGGGAUGAACGAGAAUUUGAUGAUGCCGAGUGUAGGAUGUGAGGGUAAAAAGGUCUCUUCUGGAAGUGAUGGUCUGGCUGGAAGGGUAUGCAACAAUUUGGUGGAGGGCCCCAAGGUGAUAUGCAGCGCUAAGGCGGAAGAGUGGACGGAACCUCCGCUUUCUGAGGAGGAGAAGGAGGUUUUUGCCGAAAUUGUGAAGGGUGUUGGCAGCGAUGCGCUGAUGUUGGAAGAUAUGUGUAUGUUGAGAUUCAUCCGGGGGUAUUCUCAUGAGAAGGAGAGAGUUCCCGCCACCAUCGCGUAUCUUCGGGGUAUGUUGAGAUGGCGCAAGGCGGAAGGAGCUGAUAAAAAAAUGGAGAUGCUUAUGAAUACUCCCAUCAGAGACAUUCCACGAUGUCCCCUAGUAGAUCCUGAAUGCAUGAAACCAUUAGAAUGGUACUUCUAUGGAAUGUCGAAGUUUGGCACCCCGGUGGUGUACAUGAAAAUUCCUAGUGCUUCGACUUAUACGAAGCUAGGUCUGGACAGAUGCAUGGGGCAGCAUGUAGUGGAAAUGGAAAUAAUUGAACGCGUGAAGAUGCAGCUGAGAUACUCAGGAUGGAGGGGCUACAAGCACAUGAUGGUUAUCGAUAUGAAGAAUGUAGGAUUAGGUCACGGAAAGAGUAGCUUCAUCACUGGCUUCAAGAAGCAGUUGAAUAUUGAUCAAUACUACUACCCCGAGGUGCUGAGUAAGAUGGUCGUAGUGAACGCUGGUGUGGUAAUCAGUACGUUAUGGAAAAUGGCUAAGCCGUGGGUCGACCCCAUCACCGUUGAUCGGAUUAAGAUUAGUAGCUCGUCGCAUCCGGUUAAGGCCAUUUCGGAGUUUGUGGACCCCAAGUUCAUUCCGAAAGAGUAUGGUGGUGAUGGAGAGCUCGAGCCUGUUAUAUGGGGACAAAGAUAUCUCCAAUGUGACGAAGACAUCCCCCUGCCUAAGCUGCACUUGGUUAGCGAUGGUGACAUUUGGCCGGCAGCUCCCCCAGAGGAGGAAUGGAACUUGUUACCGGAGAUGCCCGUGAGGCAUCAAUCGUCGAAGUAG